UGUCGUCUGUCGUGCGUGAAGUUUGUAGCAUGUGAUGUUUCAUGAAAAGUGUUAAUUUUUUAAAGAUUAUAGUGUUAAAAUAUGGACUGAAUUGUGCCUGAAAGUGUCGAAAAAUAAUUAUAGUGUUUGCUUCCAGUGGUGUGAUUGUGGUAUAUACAGGAAUUACAUAAAAUUCGAAUUACAUGGAUAUAGCCGUCACUUGAGGUUGUAAAAGAUAUGGAGUCGCAUAUUCUGAAUAUGUACCAUCAACCACGUUUCCGUUCAAUCGGUCAUAAGAUACUGCGGUCCACAAGUGAAUCACUAUCUUCUGAAAGCAGCUGUCAACAGAACAGUCCGGAAUAUACACAGGAGCAACAAACCGAUCAGUACGAAGAGGGAAGCAAUGAGGCAGAAUAUUGGCAGCCACAGGAAAAUCAGGGUCAAGUAUGGAAUAAUAGUAAAAAUGUAAAUUGUGUUACUGAACAAUCAAGUCAAGACUCAAGUUCUGAGGAGGAAGACAAUGUACAGGACAAUGAAGGUCUAGACAGAACAGCACUAGAUGUUAGUCAUAUAGAACAAUUAAGUAUUGAUAACUGUUCAUUAGUUGAAGGCGCUGAUUAUGAUGUUAUCCAAGUGUAUGCUGUACAUCCAGAUUUCGAUCUUGAAGCGUCAUCAGAAGAAGAUGAACAGAAUGAUUUUUGUAUACAAGAUAACUCUGAUGAAUCAGAUGCAGAGGAUAAAGUGGAUAACAUUCAAGACACGAAUGAAUCAUCUGAUAAUGAUAGCGAAACAUCUGGUACAAGUCAUGACAGUUUAGGUAUCACUUUAGAUACACCAGUAGUUUCAAAUGUCGAUGAAUAUUUCAUUAAAGAUACAAAAGAUAAGAAUAUACUGGAUGUAAAAGAUGAACCUGUUGUUAAAGAUGUUGAUGAAUAUUUUAUCAAAGAAACAAAACGUGUAUUAACUCCUAUACAAAUUGAAACGGAACAGAACGUUCAAAGUAUAGCUAAUAUAGAUGAUUUAUUAAAUAAAAAGCAAUCAAUAUCAUCAGCAUUCCACAUACCUAAAGUAACACCGAUAAUAACAGAUAUAUUUGAAACGCAAAAUGUUAAAGACGAAAUAAAUCAAGAUUCGAUAGAUGUACAAGAUCAAUCAGACGAAGUACCUAUAGCUGAAGCAGUUUUGGAUAUGCGCGGUAAUAAUAUGCCAAGAAUGUUUAGAAAUGUUGAUGAUAUAAAAAAAUUUCUAUUCUCAGAUAUAAGUGAUACCAAAUAUAAGCAUGCACAGAAAUCAUGUUCUGUACCACAUUCACCAAUGCAUAGUAUUUGCAUGGACAUCGAUGCUAAGACUUGCAUGAGUUUCGAAGAUCUUAAUCUUGAUUUAACAGACAUAACAUUUGAUAGUGACAAAGAUAAGUCUGCCAACAGUUCUAAAAGUGAUGACAUUCCACGUACGUUAACUGAUGAAGAUGUUAAUAGCUUUUUGAUAACAAAUAAAACACCACAGAACAAUAAUCUGAACACAAUGAAAACAGAAGACGAUUUUAAUCCACAAGAUAUGGAAAUAGAUGGAUCAAUCGAUACUUCUAUUACUAAUAUCGACGAUAUACCACCAAUGAAGUUAUCUAGAACCAAUUCAUCUACACCAAUUCCAAAUGUAUUAGAAUUCUGUAUAGAAAAAUCUCCAGUUAAAAAAGAAAAUGAACUUAAAGUGGAAAUAGAUGAUUUUGUAGAUGUUGAAUCUUGCAACGAAACUGUUAAUCCAAUAUUUGAAGCAAAUAAUGCGAAAACUCACUUUAAACCGAUCGAUUCUGACAUUAAAGCAAAAAAAUCAACGAUCAAAAUAAAUGAACAAAAAGUUAAAUCUUGCAAUGCUUUAACUAAUGGUAUGCGACUACAAGAUGCUGCUUUACAACUGAAUAAGAACAAAAUGAGAAAAAUCAUGAUGCCGACUUCAAUAAAUACAGCCGUCAGACGUUCACCAAGUCCAGUUCGUUCCGAUCACGAUUACUGUUCGUCUAAAAAACGUUACAAUCUCAGUUUGAAACAGGGACAGAGUCUGUUAAAACCAGAAGUUUUAUCGAGUAAUAAUAGAAUUUUAAAUUCUAGACAUAGAUCAUGCAAGAAUAAGAAAAUAGUCUACCAUUUGAGUAGCGAUGAAGAGAGUGAUAAAUGUAACAAUACUAAAACGAAGAAAGCUACAAAUCUUCGUUCCAGUGAUGAUAAUGAUGUCAAAUUAAAAAAAUCCGUUGUAAAACAACCUAUAAAAGCAACGGUUCCAUCGACUUGUCGCAAGAAAACAUCACCAGUGCGUAGUGCUAAUGAUACGAGUUUUGGUAAAAGCAACGAUUCUGUGAUUGUUAAAAAUGCUUGUAAAGCAAGUGAUAAUCCUAGUAGUCAAAGUUCUAAUGGUAGCAUUAAGUUAACUAUAAAAAAUAAAUCUGAAGUAAUCAUUAAAAACUGUGAUGAUAAAGACUAUAAAAAAGAUAAAAAAAAUGAAAAAAUUAAAUCGGUAAAUGUUGUAAGCGACAAAACUAAUGUUAAAAAUAAUACCGUUAAAGUAAUCGGGAGUGUAGAUACUAAUAAAAACGAAAUUGUAAAUAAUGACGUACAUAAUACUAGGAUAAGUAUAAAAGAAGAAACUAAACCAGAACAUUUUUAUGCAGCACUAUUUAGUAACAAACAGGAUGUUCUUAUGCCGAAUACGAUCGAUGUAAAAACAGAGAAAAGAUCUCACGAUGAAGAUUCCACACAGUUUAAUUUGUCAGAGGACUUUACUAAAAUUGAAAUGGAACAACCACAGAAGAAGAAGAAACUAAAUCUACAAGAAUAUAAACUAAGGAGAGGGGCUACUUCUAACAAUAGUUCAGCGACUGUCAGUCCAGAGUCAAUAUUCCCAGAUAUGCCAAUUCCAGAUAUUGCUAAAAUUGUAAAAUCUACAACAAGUCAGAUUCCUGCAAAUCCAGGCUUAAAUUGUCUUCCAAAAACUGAUUUAGAAGCUCCUAAGAAAAUCUUUGAUCCAAUUAGGGAGGCAUCUAGAAAAAUAUUGAUGAAUAAUAAAAAACAAAAAGCUGAAGCUAUAAGAAAAAGGGAUGAAGAUAUCGUAAUGAGUAAAAUACCUAAAGUAGAGAAUUUGGAGUUACAACCUCUGAUUAGUGAAGCCGAGAUGAUGAAGAUUGCUGGCAUGGCAACUGAUAUCCUUCCAGUACCAUUAGUGGUUGAGAAAGUGCCACAAUUAAGCGACUACGAUGAAAUAGUCGUAGUUAGUAUUGGAACUAAUACAGACGAGGAAGUGUUUAAGAAAAUCGAAUUAGAAAUUGUAAAUGAAAAGAAGGCACAACCUCCAACAGAUAUAAAAUCAACGAUAAAUUUUAAAAUCAAGAAACCAGAUCACGUUCUUAAGCACAAUAUCUUUGAUACUGUUCAAAAAGAUAAAAGUCAAAUUGAAGACAAUAAAGACAUAAAAUUAAACCAAGACAGAUAUAAAGAUAUAACAGCUACUUUGAAAAGUGUAGAAAAACAAGUCGAAACAAAAAUAUCUAGCAACUCGUUGUUUGCUAGUAUACAGGAUGUUGUUAUGAAAAAAGCACCCGAAGUUACCGUUUUGGCAUCGAAUAACGGAGACCAUAAAGCUAAAUCUAAUGGAAUAGAAAAGAAAAACAGUUUUAAAGCACCCAAGACGUUCAUUAUACGAGAAUAUGACGUUCAAGCAGAACAUGGAGAGGACAAGAUAAUAUUACAUUUAGAAAAGCAAAGAACAAAACCUAGUGCUUUAAGUAUAGCGAUUCAAACGAAUCCUAUGCCUAAAAUGAAUAAAUCUAAAAUAGUAACACCAGAAAAAGUUGCCAGUCCUAAAGAGGAACCGUCCACGAAUAGAAAGAGAAACGACAGUGACAUGUCAAUGUCCAGUGAAAGUAGUCCGGAUCGUACGAAGAUUGAUAAUAAAAUCGCUAAAAUAGAUGAAAAAAGUAUAAAAUCAAAAUCUGAAAAGAGAGAAAAUAUCGCGUCGCAUACGAAAGAUAAGCGAUCGAAUUCAAGAGAUAGAUACGAUUUCAAAUAUCGAAGAUCUAGGUCGACAUCUCGUGGGCAUAGGAGAAAACGUUCACCAAGUAGGAAUCGUUCUAGAUCCAGAAGUAGAUAUAGGCGAUACAGAAGAUCUGAUUCUCCAUACAGAAGGAAAAGGCGAUCGCGUACAAGAUCACCUUAUCGUAAACGUAGAUCGCCAACACCUAGACGUGAAUAUAGGCAAAGAUCUCGUUCAAGAUCCAAACACGCGGAGCCUAAGAGAUCAAAAAGUCCGGCUAAAAGGACCAGACCUAGUCCUCAGUAUGAAAACAAUAUUGCUGAUAAAAAACCUAUUUCCCUAACUCCACCAUUAAUACGAAAGCCAACUGUCUCAGAAAGCUCCGAAUCGUCCACUAGCAGUAGUUCGUCGUCUUCGUCCAGCAGUAGUAGUUCCUCUGAGGAUUCUGUCAAGUCUCGAGUUUCCAGUACAUCCUUCAGGAAGGAGAAGACGUUCACUAACAAUUACAGAAGAUCAUACAGUUCUGAAGAUGGGGAGAACAACACACCAGUGGAAGAACGUCGUAUAGUAUUUGUGGGCAAACUGGAAAAGGAUUUAAGCAAAGCCGCACUUCGCGCCUUGUUCAGCAAAUUCGGUCCGAUCACUGAAGUCAGGAUACACACUAAGGAUGACGGGUCUAGGUACGGUUUUGUGACGUACCGUAAGUCACGAGACGCGUGGUCUGCCGUGGAAGCAGCUGCCACCUUCCCACAAUAUGACGUCGGCUUCGGAGGCCGCAGAGCAUUCUGCAGGCAGACAUACUCUGACUUGGAUGGCCUGGAGGCUAAAUAUUCAGAGAGCGCAUUUCUGGGGCAGGCGGCGUUGCCCGCGCGUCGUAAUGACGACAUGUCCUUCGAACAAAUGCUAUUGGACGUGAAAAAGAAACUAAAUCAGCGCAAGGGCGAUAAAAAACGUCACGAUGAAUCAGUGGCUUGACAUUCACUUGACCUUUGCCUGAAAUCCGCGGGCAUAUGUCAAAUCUUCGCCUGUCAAAGUGACAGCCGGAUUGCGCGGGCUUUUAGUGCAAUGUUGACAACUGUCAGAUUGACAUUUCAUUGUGAUGUAAAGAGACUUUGUUCCGGUGUUGAUUUUGCUCACACGAUGUACCUAUGUCUUUAGUUAAAUUAUGUUUAGUACAUUGUUUGUCACAGUUUAGUUGAAUUUACGUUUUGUAAAUAUUAUUUUAUGUUUUUUUUUCUCAUACGCGUACAUUUAUGUAUAAUUUUUGUUAACGCUACCUCUUAUAUUAAUGCAGAUUGCCGAGUGAAUUAUAUUUCUAUUGAAUUAUCAUUCGUAUGAAAUCAAACUCAUUUUUUGUUACAAAAAAAAACAAAGAACAAAUUUACAUUACCGUAUUUGUUAAUAAAUUGGUGUUCAUUGUACUUCAAUGUCCAUUACAUUAUUCCAGUCCAGUGGAUGAAUCAAUCUCUGGUUUUCAACUGGAAAAAUGUAAAGCCACACUGUAGCUACGGUAUACGUUUUGAUGUAGUUUUACUUCUUUCCAGUGAUCAUUGGAACACUGGACUGGAAUUGUGUAAAACAUAUUACCAGCAUUGAUAAGUCAUAGUUUAAAUAACCAAUACUUAAUAUUAACUACUGAAUGUUACCUAUUAUCUUAAAACACUGUUAUUCUAACUAUUUAGUAGUAAUCUUUCAUCAUAUGGAGGCGAAUUAAAUAAAAAAAAAUUAUAAAUCUUGUAUUUAUAGCAAUUUCUUUCGAUUUACUUCCAUUUUGUGCCAAAUGUUAUAUAUUUUUUCAAAUGCAAUAUUUGUUGUUUUGAAUCGGCAUUUGUACUGUUCAGUGGCUCCCAAACUUUCGAAUAAAUUUUUUUGGUCAUCGAAACAAUAUUUAAAAAAAAAUAGCAAUUUUUUAAUUGUGAAUUAUUGUUAAUAUUUUUCAAACAGUUUGGGAAACACUUUUCUUAUUUUUAAUGUAUUUGUCAUACAUGAAUUUGAAUGGUAUGUACGGAAUUAUAAGCACACAGGUUUUUAGUAUUUUAUAAGUGCAUAUACAAUAUAUUGAUUCUAUGAAAGUUUUGAUACAUUGCGAAAAAAAAAUGGAUUUGAUUUGUUAAAAUUUCGCUAGAAAAGUACAUAUUUGUUGAUGGACUAUUCACAAACAGACAGACCAUUUAUAUGAAAACAUUAAAAAUACAUAAAAGACAAUUUUUAAUACGAUAUAUACCAUUUACCAUUAAUAUAUAGGCACUAAUUAAUAUAACAUACAAUUUUUUAAAAGAUUUACGCUUUU